AUGGAUAAGAAGAUAGUGCGCAAAGGGCCGCUGCCUGGGGGUCGCCGGGGCGCGUCUGGAGCUGGCGCUGGACGCGACAGCAUGCGGGCCGCCAGCCGAGCGCGAGGAGCUGCACGGUCACCUAGCAGCCCUCCGCAUCCAUCAUCCCCACCAGAAGGCUUGGUGUCGGCUGGGUCUUCUCGGACUCAGCAAGCGGCACCCGCCGCUGGUGGAGCACGUCGCAUGCGUUGGUCACAAGCAAUGAAUGCAAACGCAUUGCGGGCGUACUUUAGGGCAAAAGGGGAAGAAACUGGAUGUUUGGCGUAUCGGGCUAGGAUGCACCGUCUUUUUGCUGAGCUGGAGCCAUCUUUAACCGUCACAGAGCAAAACCUGGCAGACCGAGUUCGGUAUAUCUUGCGCUCAAAUAUAUUUGAUGUCGCCGAACUCGAACGGCUACGACAUGAGGCUGUUCCCUCGUCGGAUGAGAAUGCUACGGCUGAGGAUGCGGCGCCACAAAUGGUAGAGCAUCCCGCAAACGUGGAUGCCGCCGUGAAUACCCCAGUUGUAGUUGAUUUAAACGAUGAUGGAACAGUCCCCCAGGAACUGGAAUUAGAGCAUAUGAGGAGUACAUUGGAAGAGGCGAUUGUGGAAACGCGCAGUUCGCCUCUCGAAAAUCGACCGCGACUUCUCCGCAUAGCCCUAAGCAAGCGGAAUCGGGCUGUCGUGAGGGCUCUGAACCCAAUGCUGGUGACCUAUUUGGAAGCCAGCCGGGACCUUUGCGAGACGGACUCAAUUCUUUUUGGCGCCGCGCUGGCAACCUGCCGUAUCAUAGGCGCCAAGGUUUCCACGGCUGGACGCGCUACUGGCCAUAGUAGCGCUAUCCCAGCAUGGAGAAGAAGAAUUGAGGAACGUAUCGCAAAGGCUAGAGCUCUCAUCGGCAGACUGAUAUGCUUCAGAUCAGGCAACAACAGGCCAAGAAUUGUGCGCACCGUCAGGAUGGCGUUUGCUGGGACAAAUGUCAGUUUGUCCCAGCCGGAUAUAACGCAAAAACUGAAGGAGCGCAUAGAUGAUCUGAAGCAGAGAAUCGCUGCUUGGGGAAAGCGGAUUCGGCGAUAUACCGAGAGGUCGACACGGUUCAACCAGAAUCGUCUCUUCCAGAGUGAUCAGAAGAGGCUCUUUGAAUCAUUGGAGCGACCAAUGGUAAGUGGAACGGGUCCAGCACCGAAUCAGGCCGACACUGUAGCAUUCUGGCGCGGCCUGUGGUCAGAGCCCGUAAACCACAGCAAGGGCCCUUGGACGGAAGUUGUGGCGAGUCAGUGUGCGGGUAUUACGCCCAUGGACCCCGUCAUCAUAACGCCGGAUGACGUAGCUGAGGCGGUCCGUAGGGCCCCGAACUGGAAAAGUCCGGGGCUUGACGGGCUGCAUCACGACUGGCUGAAGGGGUUCACGUUAAACGUACGGCGACCAACGGGUUUUAAGUUAACGGUAGCAUUUUCAUCGUUCACGAUGACGCGGCGUAGAAGUGUGUGUAAAAAAUGGACAUUAGUUUUAGUUUUAUGUACUUUGUGCGCAACAGUUUAUACGCGGCCUCAAGAUGAUAUAUUAGCUGUCGUAAGCUCAACUCUAACUAAUGCUACAGACAGAACAACAGAGAAUUCAAUAAGGUAUAGAUUUAGGAAUAAUUUUACAUUAAGCAAAUUUGUAUCACCUGUAGCUCUAAGUUUUGCAAACAAAUCAUACUUAAGUAUUACAAAUAAUCCCACAAAUUCAAAAAAUAUUUUAAAGGAAAAUUUGAAUAGACGUAAUUCAUAUUUAACAAAUAAUCUUAAAACAUUAGUUUCAAAUAUUAAAGCAAAUACAACAAAAAGAUCAAGCCGUGUAUUUCAAGAUGUUUCGAACCCAUUUAAACAUGAAGGUAAUUAUGAAAGUAAUUUCAGUAAUAGAGCUUAUCAAUCGCUUCCAAAAUUACAAUUAGGUGAAAAAAUUCAAAUAACUAGUAAUAAAUUAUUUAGUGAAAAAAAUAAACCAAUUAUUAGGAAAGUUGUGACAAAAUGGACAGAUGAAACUAAAUACGAGGAUUUAGAUUUUAGUACUGAAAACAUUGAUUUAGGAAACAAUAAAAUUAAUGACAAGUCUGGCGAUGUUAAGCAGUAUAAUAGUAACGAGGAUAUUAGUAACGAGUCAAGUGUUUUAUCAAAGGAUGAUCAUCCAAAACUAACGAAGAAAGUAUACUACAAACCAAGACCACAAUAUACUGGUGAAUUCCCAGCUUAUCCUAACAAUAAUUAUCCUUAUUAUCCAACUAGACCUACAUUAGUGUUUGCAACACCAACGCCAACUCCUAUUAUAACAAACGUGGGUUAUCCUCCACCUUGGCCUCAUCAAAAUUUUCAAGUCUUUCCAGUAACGACAACGCAAAGACCAACUAAAGUGACACGUCCUGUAAAAGAUCAUCAUAACCAUUAUAAUGCGGUUCAUAAUAAUUAUCCUCAAUACCCAGUCCAUAAUUAUGAGGUCACAACUUUCGAGCCAACUUCACCGUACACGGACAGAAUUGUAAUAAGACCGGAAGAAUACAGUGCUUCAUCAGACGACUGUCCUACCAUAUACCUAACACUAAAUAAUACUUUUCAAGGUCAAGCUAAAGAAGCAUGUCCUGAUCUAAAUAUUGCUGUCAACACGAACGUCGUUAAUAAAAACGUUGUAGUAGAAUCUGAAGAAGAUACUGAUAAUUCGUUAGUUAAUAUUUUUGGUAUACCGUUAAUGGACGACUCACAAUCAGGAGAAAGUGCAAAUGAUGACAAUGAAUCAGCUGAUAAUGAAGAAGAAUCUGAAAGCACAUCUUUUGAAAAUUCUAAUAAAUUAACAAACUAUAACGCUAAUACAGAUCCGGAAUCAGAAGAACCGGGAAGCUUUGCAUCCCCUAGCUCAGCGUUGUCGACAAUUUCAAGACCGGGAAGACCGGGAAGACCGGGAAGACCGGGAAGACCUGGACGUCCAAAUGAUAAAGACGAUGACGAACUUAGUUUUUCUUCAUUCAUAGACUUCUUUAAACCGGCGUUAAAUGCUUUUAAUUGGUUAGCAGCAAUCAAUCCUUUAAGUUUCGGAAUUAUUUCUUUUAUUUUGACACCUAUAGCAAUUCUUUUUGCGGGAACUUCGGGGAUAGCUGCUUUGUUCGCUCCAUUUGCACUAAGCUAUGCUAGAGAAGCUCCUGAAGAAGUUCAAUUUCAGCAACCACAGUGGUUCUUGGAAAGUGAUCAUAAAACUUCGUACGCUCCUUUAACUGCUAAUACAAACUCGAUGCCAAGUUUGCAUGAAACCGUCCCCCUGAGUUCUAAGGGCAAAAAUGAUGCUUCCAUCUACAAUUUAACUAAUUUGACGGUAACUACAACUGUCAGCAACUACAAAAUAUCUAACAAAAGAAAUCAAAGCAUCGUGGAAAAUAAGCCAGUGGAGUCAUCUUCGUCGGAUGUGGAGCCAUUCAGUACAGCGAGAGAAGUAAAGACUAAGACACCAAUAAUUGGUGAUUCAAUAAAAACGGUCACAGGCCAACUACUUCACAAAACUUCUAAUGAAACGGUUGAAAAUCCUGUUGUAAUUGACACAAGAAUACCCCCGAAACUUAAAAAUCAACUAAAGCACCGAAUAAAAACAAGAAAUGAUGAUGGCGAUGAACUGAUAGAAAAAUCUCAUGCCGGCAUAGCAAUACCUGUUACAAUGGAGGAGUUAGAAUCCGAAAAUGUCGUUACUAGUGAAUCAUCGACACCGCAUGAAGGUAUUUCAACAUGGAUUCUUUUGAAUAAUCCAAUAAAUAAAGAAAGUUCAUCUUCAACUACUGAAUCCACAAAGAUCGAAGAACAGAUAAAGAAACAAAAACCAGUUAUCUCUAAGAAUAAGAAUAAACGUCCACAAAAUAACAAAGUUGCAAAAAGACCGAUCAUUGGUAGCACUAAUAAAUCAGAUUUAGUCGCUGGUGGGUCGGCUAUAAACGAAAAUGUUUAUAAUAAAAUCAAAGACACAGUAUUAUCAAACGUCCAAAAGAAUAAAAACACAGCACAACGUACCACUACUACUAGCACUACUCCUGUGACAACAACAGAAGCACCAACAACAAAGAAAGAAAUUGUCACAAAGGUGCCUAGUUCUCCAGUGAUUAAAGUUACGUCAAAACCUGUAAAAAAGAAGAACAAGAAUAAGUUGAAAGUAAGUACGAGUGCUCCGGAUGUUAGUGAGUCAGCUCUUUUACCGAUGGAAGCAAAGGAACAAGAGAUAGAAAUAGAAGUUAGCACACCUGUAACUACAACAAUAAAACCAAAACGUACAUCUACUAGAAAGAAGAAUAAAACGAAGAAAAGGAAAACAACAAAGCCCAAACCUGAAAAUACUACAAUUGUUUCUACUGAAUUGAAAACUGCUAACAAGACGAAGUCAUCAAAAAAGCCCAAACCCGCUAAAAAUGGGCCAAUUUCGACACAGAUUUACAACUAUUUUUCAAGAGAAGUAAUGCCGACUGUUGGUGUAGGUGUUAUUGGGCUAGCAAGUUUAGUUGGUAUUGCUAGCUAUUUCUUAUAUCCAUUUUCAACACCAGUAAGAAGGACAUUUGAAGUCGAUAAAAAGGAUGAUAUUUACAAACAUAACGCUGAAGAAUAUGCUAGCGAAGGUAACGGUCAAGCGGAGGAAGACAUGCUUGGAACAGUUCUUGCAGGUAUGCCUGCUCAUGCAAAGCACAAAAUAAAUCCUUAUGCUGCUCAAACUACUCAUAUAAAGAGAUAUCCUGUGAACAAAGACCAGGAUAUUAGGUAUCGUCGUGUGCAACACUCUCCAAGUUACGAACCUUACUAUAAGGUUCAUUAUGCACAACAAAAAACUGGCAUAGCACAUGGUGCUGUGUACCCUGAAUCAUUUAAUUACAAUCGACAUCAAUACGAAACCCGACAUGCGUACACAACAGAAACCAAAUAUGAUAAAGGACCAGCGUCUUACACACCUUAUCCAGCAGUAGAACCAAUUUAUACAGCUCCGAAUACAGGCCUUUCAGGAAUCUCAUCAUAUGGUAGCGAUACAGCAAAUUCUGUAGUAUAUGGGGUAAAACCGUCAGCUGAGUCAGACUUUAAGCCAGUGUAUCCAUUUGAUGGCCAGUUUUAUGGUGAAACAACAAAUCAUCCAGUCACCUAUUCGCAAACAUCUAUGUAUCUAGGAUCCAAUAAUGAAUCUGAAGAUACUGCGGACGGGUAUGAGGAAGAUUCAAGUUCAAACUCAAAUGGAGGCAUAGAUGAAAAUAAAUUUGUUGUAGGUAACGUACCCAAAGAGCUUAAUGAAGAAUCAGCUACGCCAGCAGUUGUGCCAGAACAUGGCCCAAGAAAUUUGAGGAAGCGACGAAAUUUGCGUAAAAGGAGAAGUAUAACUCAAUCAAUCGAAGAAAUUUUGAAAGGUGCAAAAGAAAAUAAAGAUAUUUUUCUGAGCAAUGAAAUAGACGAAAUACCCAAUAUUCCAGCACAGGGCAUGUAUGAAAUGAUAUCAGGAGAUAUGCCGAAAACUUCAGAAGUCAAAAAAGUUUAUCCAAUCUAUGCAGUGUCUAUAGAUCCGGCUAAUCAUUCGUCCCUGACAGAAAUCCCAACUACUACAGCAAAAAGCGGCGUAAUUGAAAGUGUUUCCACUUUACCAUUAGACAAUAAUAAGCAAGAGUUCACAACUACAGAAUCGGAAACUCCAAAUGAAAUAGAAACAACUACGAAAACGUUUAAAGUCUAUGAAGUUUUCUCUACAAACAGUCCAACAGAGAAUACGGAAAGGAGUAGCCCAGUGAUUAAUAAUGAUGCACCAAAAUCUGACACUACAACCCAAAUUAGAAAUAUGAACACUGAAACUACUACAGAAUUAAAAUCAGAGACAACUUCGACUAUGCCUCCUUCUCCCUCACCCAUAACAGAACCAAAAGCACCAAUAACAACUACAACUUCAAUACCGAAGCCUACCUAUGGGCCUGAUGUAAUAACUUAUCCCCCAUUAAAUCAAGAUGGUGGGUUUUUCGGUUUCCUAAAACGUCUAGUUGAGUUUAAAUACAGACUUGGAAUGAGUCUUUUACAGACUACAUCGGAAUCCCUAAAUAGGUAUUUACGUGGUAUGGAAGAGACAGUAAAAAAGAUAGCCAGAGCUUCAAAUAAAUAG